AUGAUCACCUCGUCUCCCUGGAAUUUGCCUGAAUCCUCCCAAGUCUGGAUACAUCUCAACCCCUUCUCGAACGACGUGCUCGCCCUUCCGCAGUGCGCCAGGACUGGAAUGGGCGCCUGUGGUUGGCCCACUUUGUGGGGUCUGGGUCUACUAGCUGGGACGCACAGUGCAACAUGCGGUGCAAAGUUUUGGACCUAUGAUCACGCCAACCCAACAAUCCCCGGCAUCCAAGUCGAAGCCUAUACCAUGACUCGCCAGCGGAAACGGCAACACAAAAGCAUGGACGCUCCCCCCAGUCCAACCCGUCAUCGCUACACCAACAGCGACAUCCAAUAUAUCUUUCGUCGCGAUCCAGCAUUCUCAGGCUGA